CUGCAUGUGGGGAAACUUCACUGUUAGACUGAGGAGCGUCGAGACGUUGACUGUGUUUCAACUGAAGGAAACGGUUGUGUCUGUUAGCGCAUUGUCUGUGACAGAAACUGAGGCCGAAACAUUUGUUCUCCCAGUUGUGAAAUUGGUUAAAAUUGGCAAGCAACUGCAAACAUCCUCCUGACGCGCUACCGUUUGCUACCACAUCCACUGCCAAACAGCAACGGCGACACAAUGAAUGAAGCAGUUAUUGUGUGUUAUGGUUGGCCUGUUGAUAACGAUGUAUGAAAUACAAAAAAAAGACUCCCGACCACACAGCUAAACUCUGUCUCCGUCGUAGUGUCUUUUCAUAAUACCGGAAGCAUUUUUGCUGUAGCUAGUAGCUAGCUAGUCGGUUAAGAUAUUGAACCAAUGGAUACCAAAUUGUAAACAACAAUCGCAUGCGGAGCGGUUAGCCAAUGAGAGAGCUCAUCGAUGAAGAAGACUGCAACCUGAUUGCAUGUUACAGAGGGUUAAAGAUCCAGGUGUGGACUGUGACUUUGAGCUCCACGUUAAUAGUCAGUCACUGUCCUGCUCCAGCCACCUGAAGUCAACAUGGCUUCCCAAAAGUCAGACCAAGCCAUGUCUCCAAAGAUCACAGGAGAGUUGCUCAGGCAGCUUCGCCAGGUGAUGAAGAAUUGCAAAUACUUUACUGAGCCUAUACAAGCCUACAUCAUCCCUUCUGGAGACGCACACCAGAGUGAAUACAUCGCACCGUGUGACUGCAGGCGUGAAUUUAUCUGUGGAUUCAAUGGCUCUGCAGGUACAGCCAUUGUCACAGAGCAGUAUGCUGCAAUGUGGACCGAUGGGCGUUAUUUCCUCCAGGCCAGCCAGCAGAUGGACAACAACUGGACCCUGAUGAAGAUGGGACUGAAGGAGACACCUUCUCAGGAGGACUGGCUGAUCAGUGUCCUGCCAGAGAACUCCAAAGUGGGAGUGGAUCCUUGGAUUAUUGCUGCUGACCAGUGGAAAAACAUGUCCAAGGCGUUGAUUGGUGCAGGCCACUCUCUGGUGGCGGUGCAGCACAACCUGAUCGAUGCCGUGUGGCCCGACCGCCCAGCGAGACCCAGCACACAGCUCCGUACUAUGGGACUGGAAUACACCGGUAUGUCCUGGCAAGACAAGAUCACAGCACUGAGAGGCAAGAUGACGGAGAGGAAAAUCACUUGGUUCGUUGCCACGGCGCUGGACGAGAUUGCAUGGCUUUUCAACCUCCGUGGUGCAGACAUCGAGUACAACCCAGUGUUCUUUGUGUAUACGAUUGUAGGCAUGAACACAAUAAGGCUUUUCGUGGACCUAAAGCGUCUUUCCGAUCCUGCGUUAAGAGACCACCUGCAGCUGGACUCUCCCAGCAAGCCCGAGCUGAGUAUCCAGACGUUCCCGUACGAGUCGGUUUACACCGAGCUCCAGGCCAUCUGCGCCGCACUCGGCCCAAAGGACAAAGUGUGGAUCUGUGACAAGGCCAGCUGUGCUCUCACACAGGUCAUCCCCAAGACCCACAGGACUCCAAUUCCCUACACUCCACUCUGCCUCUCCAAGGCUGUUAAGAACACCACGGAGAUUCAAGGCAUGAGAAUGGCUCAUAUCAAGGAUGCAGUCGCCCUUUGUGAACUCUUCGUUUGGUUGGAAAAGGAGAUUCCAAAAGGCACCGUGACCGAGAUCUCCGCCUCUGAUAAGGCUGAGGAAUUACGCAGUCAACAGAAACAUUUCGUCGGCCUCAGUUUCCCCACCAUCUCCAGCGUCGGUCCAAAUGGAGCGAUCAUACAUUACAGACCGCUGCCUGAAACCAACAGAACGCUAACCAUGAAUGAAGUUUACCUGAUAGAUUCUGGAGCUCAAUACAUUGAUGGAACCACAGACGUCACACGCACCAUGCACUUUGGGACACCAUCUGCUUUUGAGAAGGAAUGCUUUACCUACGUACUGAAGGGACACAUAGCCGUCAGCGCUGCCGUUUUCCCCAACGGAACCAAAGGCCACCUGUUGGAUUCGUUUGCCCGGGCCGCCCUGUGGGACUCCGGGCUGGACUACCUCCACGGUACGGGUCACGGUGUGGGCUGCUUCCUCAACGUCCACGAAGGGCCCUGCGGCAUCAGCUACAAGACGUUCGCCGAUGAACCUCUGGAGGCCGGCAUGAUCGUCAGUGACGAGCCUGGCUACUAUGAAGAUGGAUCUUUUGGCAUUCGUAUUGAAAACGUGGUCCUUGUCGUACCGGCCAAGACCAAACACAACUACAGAAACAGAGGCAGCCUGACAUUUGAGCCCAUCACUCUGGUUCCUAUCCAAGUCAAGAUGAUGAACACAGAGAUGCUCACUCAGAAGGAGCGGGACUGGGUGAACGAGUACCACAGGAGUUGUCGGGAGGUGAUCGGAGCCGAGCUGGAGAGGCAGGGCAGGAAGGAAGCUCUGGAGUGGCUGAUGAGAGAGACCCAGCCGAUCGUCUGAGGCCUGACUUUUGUGCAAUCCAAUCAUUUUUGCCCUCAAGUACUGUAUGAUCAAUCGCUCUACAGUGAGAAUUGUUUGUAUUUUUCUCAUCUUUCUCUGUGUCUCACACUCGGCUUCUUUUGUAAAACACUGUGUAUCAGCCGUUUUAUUAAAGAUCAUUCAAAAUCAAA